UUUGUUUGGGGAAUAAAAAUACUUGAAAAAAUUCGUAUAAAUAAGAUAUCGCAAAACAAAUUGUUUUCAGAUCAUACAAAAUGUUCAGUGCUAAAGUUGUUGUCUUCCUCGCAGCUGUAUCUCUAUGCUAUGGAGCACCAAAUGCCAUACUCGGCAAACAUCAGCUAAAUAUUCAAAAUGCCGUUGAUGCUAAAAUCGAAGAUUAUCCAUUCGUAGUUUCCGUCCAGGUGUGUUUCUGGAACGGCUGUGAACACUAUUGCGGUGGUAUAAUCAUCAAUGAAAACUGGAUAUUGACCGCCGUUCGUUGUAUUGAAAAUCAUCCUACGAUUGCUGUUGGAGCUACUGACUUACACUCAAACGACACAGUUUUUGUUGAAGCUGUAACAGCAAUCGUUCAUCCUGACUUCUCAGAAGGUUGCAAAGAUGUAAUAGAACUUUCUUACUGCGAUUGGAGUAAGUCUACUAUAUCCGGUCCAAAUGAUCUCGCUUUAAUUAAGUUAGCUACACCACUGACCUUCAACGACAAAGUUCAAGCAGCAAAAUUGCCAACACAAGGCCAAGAAUUCACAGGUAAAGCUGUUGUAACUGGUUAUAGUUACACUAGAGACAAUUCUGUCAACACACUUAAAGCAGCCGCUGAUCUAGAACUCAUUUCUAACACAGAUUGCGUCAAACGAGUAAAUAUAUUCUAUCCAGACCAAGACGAGUUUGAUACCGAAGGCAAUAUGUGCACCUUAGGCGAAAAUUCAAACAUCUGCUAUGCUGACUUUGGUAGUCCUGUAUCUCAAGAUGGAACUGUUAUCGGUAUCGCCACGUGGUAUGUUUAUCCAUGCAGUUCCAAAGGAGCUCCAAAUGUAUCCGGUCCAAAUGAUCUCGCUUUAAUUAAGUUAGCUACACCACUGACCUUCAACGACAAAGUUCAAGCAGCAAAAUUGCCAACACAAGGCCAAGAAUUCACAGGUAAAGCUGUUGUAACUGGUUAUAGUUACACUAGAGACAAUUCUGUCAACACACUUAAAGCAGCCGCUGAUCUAGAACUCAUUUCUAACACAGAUUGCGUCAAACGAGUAAAUAUAUUCUAUCCAGACCAAGAUGAGUUUGAUACCGAAGGCAAUAUGUGCACCUUAGGCGAAACUUCAAACAUCUGCUAUGCUGACUUUGGUAGUCCUGUGUCUCAAGAUGGAACUGUUAUCGGUAUUGCCACCUGGUAUGUUUAUCCAUGCAGUUCCAAAGGAGCUCCAAAUGUGUACACCAAGCUUUCGCAUUACGCAGACUGGAUCGCACAAACCGUUGCUGCUAAUUAAUUUUUUAAUUUUUGUAAAAUAAAAAUGUAAUUUUUAUUGCCCAAACUACUGAAAAUUUCGGUAUUAUCUGAUAAAUCUCAAUUAGUAAUAUUCUUGACAUUAUAGUCAUCUCCUCGCAUUAAUUAGUCAAUUUAUACAUUUUAUAGAACCAGAUUAUAAGAUUUUAUAUGAAAACUUAAUAUAGGAAGUCGAGUAAAUUUUCUUUAAUGGAAACAGUAUAAUAAAUAAUAUUAAACGGUAUGUUAAAUAGUAUUAAAAUAAAGUAUACAAAGUCCUGG